AUGGAUAUCAUCCCUGAAGAGGAAAAUAAAAAGCUCCUCGCUCGCGUGGGGAAAUAUGCCUGGGAAGACAGCAUGGAAAUGGACACAGCCCUCUGGUGGACGCACGACUUCGCCGACAGCUUUCGCACACAAAGAGGAUACGACAUCGCAACCUGCCUCCCCUUCCUCAUCCAGCGCGAAAACUACUGGGCAGCGCAGAACCUCCCCUACGGCGAAUCCUUCCUCUCGCAGGACAACAACACCCUAGUCUCGCGCUGCAACGACGACUAUCGCCUCACUCUCCAACACGGAUACGAGAAAUACAUUCGCGCAACGUCGGAAUGGGCCCACGAACGGGCUGGACUCGACUCAAUUCCCCUCGUCAAUGCACCCGAAGGUGAAUCGCUCGGCUUCAACGACUCGCCUUCCCUCUACCGCCACCUCUCCGGCCCAGCCCACAUGGCUCGCAACUCCGUCAUCUCCUCCGAAGCCGGCGCCGUCAACGGCGCAUCCUACACUCAAACCAUCCAAGACCUCCUCCGCACCGUCUGCCGCGGUCUCGCGGGAGGGUUGAGCAUGAACGUCUUGCACGGGUACGCCUACUCGGGCGUCUACGCACAGACGACGUGGCCUGGGUAUACCGUCUUCUCGUACACGUUUACGGACAUGUGGGGGCCGAGGAUGCCGGCUUGGAGGAGUCGACACAACGGGGAGAACGGCGCAGGGUUCAUGGCGGAUGCGAUGGCGUAUGUUGCAAGGAACCAGUUUAUCAGCCAAAUCGGUACCACGAGGGUCGAUCUUGCGUUCUAUCAGUACGCGGCACCGUUCGCCAAGGUCGUCUAUGACAGUGAUAACCUUGAAAAGUUGGGUUUCACGUACGACUACCUCGGGCCUGCGAGCUUCUCUUCCUCAAACGCCAUCGUCGGCGAGGGGGGUGUCCUCGCGCCGGAUGGACUAGCGUAUAAAGCCCUUAUCUUUGCCAAUCAGACAAAGUUGACGUCGGAGAUGGCGGCGCAAACAAAGGCGUUCGCGGAAGCAGGGCUGCCGAUCUUUGUUAUUGGAAGCACGGACUUCCAGAGUGUUGGUGUCGAUGGAGCCGCUUCUGUUCCAGAGAUUAUGGCAAAUGCUCUUGCCAUGGAGGGUGUUACUGUGCUUGCGUCCGCGGAGGAGUUACCUGCUACUCUCGCUGCCCUCAAUAUCCGGCCUCGGGUUUCGUUUCCGCAAGACAACGCUGUCGAGAAGUGGUAUACAUUCUCGCGGAGCACAGAAGAUGCGCAAAUUGCGUUUCUUUACAAUGACGGCGGAAACACCACGACUGCUAACAUCAGCUUCCUUGAUGUGGCUGGCAGGACGCCCUACACUCUGGACGCCUGGACUGGGACGGCAUCGCCGCUUCUACAGUACACCAUCGAGGAUAACAACAUCGUCGUGCCGGUGACGCUCGCUGCGAACCAGACCACCAUCCUCGCCUUCUUCAAUCAGACCUCAGAUGCAAGCGAUGAAAACGGCACAUCCAUCCUGCCUCGCCCACCUCGCACUCACAUAACAUCUAUCUCCGGCCCCCUCGAAGCCCUCCUCUACACUGCCACCCAAGAUGCCAAUACGACCACCGCGACAAACAACACCCGCAUCACAGCGCACCUCGGACCCGGCACCGCAACAGUAACCCUCGCCACCGGCCAAGCCCUAACCUUCACCGCCUCUCAGCUGCCAGAAGCAACAGACCUCGACGCAUGGAACAUCACAGUCAACGACUGGCGCAGCGACAACGACUCCUUUUCAAUGGAAACCGCGAUCACACCGCACCGGUUCCCCGACACCCGGCUCGCCCCCUGGAAGGACAUGGACCCCGUAAACUUAGGUGACACGAGCGGCACGGCAGACUACGAGACCACCUUCCGAACCCCUUUCUCAUCCGUUGCGGACCAGCGCUUGGGCGCUCGUCUUCACCUAGGCGCCAUCACCGACACCGUGAUACUAUAG